UUUUGGAGGAUUGGGCUUUCCCGCCCUUUAUUUGGUCCUAUAGAGCAUUACUUGGAAAGAAUUCCUUCCUUUUGCUCAUACCAAACAUAUUCAAAUGAUAUCAAUUAUUACAAGUUGGUUUGCUCGUAAGCACACAAUCAUUGGAUGCAUCAUUCAAAUUCAUCACUAUAAUCAACACUUAUAUUAUUCACAAAACUCAACUCAACAUUACGCCUCUCUUCUCCAAUCUUGCAUUGCUCGAAAAGCAAUUGAGCCUGGAAAACAGCUCCAUGGGCAUCUCUGCCUCACGGGUUUAGGCUACAACAUCAAUUUAGCAACAAAGCUUGUUAAUCUGUAUUGUGUUUGUGACAAAUUGACGAAUGCCCAUCACCUGUUUGAUAGAAUUCCUAAAGGAAAUAUUUUUCUUUGGAAUGUUUUGAUUCGUGGGUAUGCUUGGAAUGGACCAUACCAGGCUGCAAUUUCUCUGUAUUAUCAAAUGCUUGAUUAUGGGCAUGUUCCUGAUAAUUUUACCUUUCCGUUCAUACUUAAAGCAUGCUCGGCGUUGUCUGCGAUUGAUGUGGGGAAGGAUAUACAUGAACACGCGAAGAGAACAAAGUGGGAUAAAGAUGUUUUUGUGGGUGCUGCCCUUAUUGACAUGUAUGCUAAAUGUGGUUGUGUUGGUAGGUCGAGGGAGGUGUUUGACAAUGUCCCUGAGAGGGAUGUAGUUGUUUGGAAUUCAAUGCUUGCUGCUUACUCACAAAACGGUCACCCUGAGGAUUGUUUGUCUUUAUGUGGUGCAAUGGCAUGUGGAGGUGUUAGACCCACGGAAGCGACCUUGGUGACUGCAAUUUCUGCUUCUGCUGAUGUAGCAGGCCUUCGACAGGGAAGGGAGCUUCAUGGGUAUAGUUGGAGACAGGGUUUUGACUCUCUUGACAAAGUGAAGACAGCACUUGUGGAUAUGUAUGCCAAGAGUGGGUCUGUGAAGGUUGCUGGGGUCUUGUUCGAAGGACUCCAGGAGAAAAGAGUUGUUUCUUGGAAUGCUAUGAUCACCGGAUAUGCAAUGCAUGGUCAUGCUAAUGCAGCACUUGGCCUGUUUAAUGAGAUGGUUGGCAAAGCUCAGCCGGAUCAUAUAACUUUUGUAGGUGUUUUAUCAGCUUGUAAUCAUGGAGGUCUGUUGAGUGAAGGGAGGAUGUAUUUUGAUUCAAUGUCAAAAGAUUAUGGAAUAGAACCGACCAUUCAGCACACUACAUGCAUGGUUGAUCUCUUAGGUCAUUCUGGUCGCUUAGAUGAGGCUUAUGGACUUAUAAUGCAGAUGAAAGUUAUGCCGGAUGCUGGUGUAUGGGGUGCACUUCUAAAUUCAUGCAAAAUCCAUGGUUAUGUGGAAUUUGCAGAAUUGGCAUUAGAGAGGUUGAUUGAGCUUGAGCCUGAUGAUGCAGGCAAUUACGUGAUCCUAUCAAAUAUUUAUGCCCAAGCAGGUAGAUGGGAAGGUGUUGCAAAGCUCAGAGAACUAAUGAACAACAGAAGUGUGAAGAAAACCACCGCGUACAGUUGGAUUGAAGUUAAAAACAAAGUACAUGCAUUUCUCUCUGGGGAUACUUCUCAUCCUAUGUCUGACGAGAUUUAUGCAGAGCUACAGAGCUUAGGAACACGAAUGGUACAAGCUGGCUAUGUCCCAAACAUUACACCUGUUUUCCAUGAUGUGGAAGAUGACGAGAAGAGCAGAAUGGUGUGCAGCCACAGUGAAAGGCUAGCGAUUGCUUUUGGACUAAUUAGUACACCCCCAGGGACAAAGCUGUUGAUCACCAAGAACCUCCGAGUUUGUGAGGACUGUCAUGUUGCAAUCAAGUUUAUCUCAAAGUUAACAGAGAGAGAAAUCACUAUCAGAGAUGUCAAUCGCUAUCAUCAUUUCAAAGAUGGCAUCUGUUCUUGUGGAGAUUAUUGGUGAAAUGGGUUCAGGAUUUCAGCGUCCACUAGGGAGAUGAGAAACCAAUUGCUCCUUGAAAAAGAAUUGGCUCGUCUAACUGAGUAAAAAUCAAAGAGAUAUUGGGUUUGGCCAACAUAAAGAUGCAAUCUUGUAAGGGCCAUGUGUGGACGAUUGAAGAGAACUCUGAUUUGUUCCUGCAACUAAUCUCUGUUGCCACUCCUCACUUCACGUCAAACAUCCUCUACUCUUGCAGCACAUACAUAGAUUCGCAUUCAGAAAUACAUCUUUAUAUGAGAUAGUUAAUGGUCUUACCCUUGGUGUAUCUCAGUGGUGAAUUACAUUGAGAUUCUGCAGCUAGCUCGUACGUGAACAUGUGUUUAAUAGGUUUGCUGAUUUUUUUCAUGCGUAGGUACUUCUAACUGCAGCAUGUGAUGUAUUUCUUUGUGCAUAAACUCCUAAGGCUGAGUGGAAGCCAGCAUUGCCAUGGUCAACUGGCCAAAAGACCAAUUCUACUAUAUUCUCAUCCAAAGUAUUCAUCUCAAAUAGUUGGUCAUUACCCGAAAGCCUUUAUACUUUGAAUAACAUCUCCAGUCUCCAAGCAAACCACUGGCCAUGUUAUUUUAGCAUUUAGCUACUAAAUCAGGUACUAUAUUAGAGGAAUUUGUGCCAAAGAUAGUCUCCGAUCAAAAGGGGUGUCCGCAAGACAUGUAAAGCUCCCUAUAUGACUGGCUUUUUAAAUCUAUUCUAAUUUCAGGGUAAGAUUUUAAUCAUCCAGAGGCCGUCAAAGAUAUCUGCAAAGCAGUUAUGCCUACUUCCUAGUACUCCAAGGUUUCCAUUUCAUUAUCUUUUGGAACGAUUUCUAGCGUAUGGCAACAAAAGAGAGUUGUGUUCAUGUCUUCUUCCACAUUCGUUCAGACCUAUUUAUGACCAUAUACCUAUCCAGACUUAACAUUAUGUAAACAUGAAAUUAUUUCCCAAGACAUUUAAAGCACAAUUUGUUCUCCUGGAAUAGUUCUUAGUUGGGUUUUCGGGAGCUCUCUGAAGAUUUUGACUAGGUAAAAAUAGGAUAUAGAUAAAAACAAGGAGUGUUUAAAACAUAUAUAGCCUAACACAAAAGCAUAUAGAAAUGCUAAUGGGUCAUUAAGAAUAACAUGUGAUACAGUUAUAUUGUGCUAAUUAACAAUUUAAUUAGCAAGUGGAAUAAGAGGAAUACUGUAUUAGUUGACAAAGAAAUCAACCAUCUUGCUUAAAUAAUGUGCUAAUUAACAAUUUACCAUCCCCUGCUUUCCACGGAGUCCCUCUUGUUUAUAAGGAAGACUUUGAUUUUCCGUGUUUUGACUUUUGAUCCAUGAUCUACAAAACAAUAUUUCCCUUUCCGUUGUUGAUGCUUUUGUCACAGUUCUGGUGGGGGCGCCCACCGCGAAUGUAACAAAUGGUUUUACUUCAAUAGUCAAGAACAUUUUCAUUUAAUAGGACAGAGCAACAUAUCUGGCCAUGGCAGAGUCUUUAUUCAGAUCAGCCCAGCAGGUAUGAUUAAUUUGACUUGGGACGGUGUGGUUCCGCCUGAAUGUCAGCCCAACCAAUCCACAAUCCUCCGACUUAGUGCAGAACGUACAUUGUCACAUUUUUAGUUUACACCUACAUA